AUGCCCAAGAGAAAGGCUGAAGGAGACUCCAAGGUGGAGAAGGCAAAGGGGAAAGAUGAGCCACAAAGACGAUCUGCAUGGUUAUCGGCUAAACCUGCCCCACCAAAACCAGAGCCCAAGCCCAAGAAAGCUGCUCCUCCAAAGAAGGCUGAAAAGGCAUCAAAAGGAAAGAAAGGAAAGGCCGAUUCUGGCAAGGACAGCAGCAAUGCUGCUGAAAAUGGAGAAGCCAAAUCAGACCAGGCACAGAGGGAACUGGGGACUCCAAGUGAGCAGUGUGAAUUUUUGAUAACUGUGUACUUCUGUUGA